UUCGUUGUUUCAGUACUGGGAUGAUGAACUGGCCGCCAUUGCCGCGAAAUGGGCCGCCCAGUGUAUUCAUGAGCACGACCUCAACGCAAAUCGCCUGGCUAAAUAUCUACCUGGCGUUGGUAUCGGGCAGAACCUAGGUUUUGGUUACCGAGACUUUCCCACCUCGGUGGACGCUUGGUACUCGGAGGUCAAGGUCUUUGAGUACGGAACCGGGGCGCUGACUAACGAAGCGAUUGGACACUAUACGCAGGUUGUCUUGGCAACUGCUGCCAGGGUUGGAUGUGCCAUGUCAGACUGCACCGGUAAGAUGAACAAAUACAACGUGGUCUACGCCUGCAACUACGCAACAGGUCAAACCAGUGAUCAGAAGAAGAAGCCGUAUUGCACCGGGACCUCCUGCGAGACGUGUGCACACAAGAAAGACAACCUUUGCGACUGCCAGGGUAAGGUGUGUUUUAACGGAGGUACUUUUGAUAUCCAGACCUGUUCCUGUAUGUGUUACCCUCUGUAUAUUGGAGACCAAUGUGAAACAAGAAUCUGCCCAUCAGAAAACCAAGAUUUCUCCAACUGUGGGAAGAAGGGGAAGGAAUCCUGGUGUUCUGAAAUGGUCAACUGGGGAUCGGAGUACUGUCCCUUCCACUGUGGACUCUGUCCCGAAACCUGUUCUAUAACGUGUGAGAAUGGCGGGUCGGUUAACUCCGUACCUUGCACCUGUCUUUGUCCGAAUGGUUUCAGCGGCGAAAGAUGCGAAAAUACAGAUCCCCCAGAUGCGAAAGUCUGCGAUACGGUGACGUGUCCCAAAGGAUCCACUCUUUACGAACCAAACUGUUACUGUGCAGAAGAUAAAUAUGACUGCGAGGGCACCGACGGGGAGAAGCAACACCCAUCGUGUCCCAUGGCGUGGUGCGACAAUUCAUUCUGGCGGCUUCUGUGUCCACACAUCUGUGGAAAAUGUGGAGAUGACUGCAAGAAAAGAAAGUCCAACAAGGCUUGGUUUUGUCAUUUCUCAUCGUGCGACAACCCAAACCUAAAAGCCAUGUGUCCAUUUAAGUGCAAAACAUGUUGAGCGUCAGUCAUGUUGAAUCCGUGAUUUGUCCUUCGAUCAACAAAUCUGAAGUAGGUCUUUUUCACUAAUGACGAUCAGCAGACAAAAAUAAAAUAAAAUAAUCAUGACAGAAAA